AUGGCCAACAAUUCGCAGCAGUCUAACCCACUCUACAGACCUGAUCAGUUCAUGAAUCCUGGGCCCGCCCCACGUCCACCCACCGACCGCCCAAAGAUGGCGCUGACCCCCAACGUGUACAACACCCCGGGGAACCCCAACCUGACUCAUUUGAACACUGGUAACGGCUCGGGUAGUUCGUUGAGCUCCCCCUCUAGCACCUCGCUGGGACGCACAGAGACUGUGAAUGGCUAUUUCACGGUGGUUAAAGACGGGUGGGCCAAGGUCAAGGAGGAGGGCGGUGGGUUCAUGAAGGCAUUCUGGAACGAGCGAUUCCUGGUACUUCGCGAGAAACAGCUGGAUUUCCUCAAAUCGAGCUCCAGCAGCAAAACGGCCAGCACGAUCUACCUGCGCGAUGUUUCCCACGUCACCCGAUCAGACAACUACCCAUACAGCUUGGAGUUGACGAAAGAGGGUAACAAGGUCUGGAUACUCAAAUUUGACACGGACACGGAUGUCUACAACUGGAUGGACAGCAUCUACGACCGCUGCCCGCAGAUGGGUGGGGUCUCGCAUCCGACGGGAUUCUCCCACCGCGUACACGUUGGGUUUGAUCCAGUCACGGGAGGCUUCGUUGGACUGCCAGUCGAAUGGGAGAGGCUGCUGAAGGGAUCUGCUUUGACGAAAGAUGACAUGGCCAAGAACCCUCAGGCGGUCAUGGAGGUCCUGCAAUUCUACACCGACAAGCUCCAAGUGAGAGCCGACGACCCGAAGACCUACCCUUCUCUCACGCCAACACCAGGCGUGGAAUCCAACCGAGAGAAGCAGCUUGGCUACUCCACUGGCAACACCGUUGCCCCGCCACGACCGCAGCCACCAGGUGUCAACCGCCAAGAUAGCUACCAAGGCACCAGAAACAUCACUCCACAAGGUGGGUAUUCGAGCUCGAGAGAUCAGUCGUCCGACCGAUACGGCCCACCGAAACGAGCAGACACCGCGCCAGCGCAAAGCGACGAGGAACGCAGAAAGAGACAGCAAGAGGAGAGCAGAAAGCGUGCUGAGUCUGAGCGACGACGAAAUGAAGAGGAAGCAGAACGCAAGAGGCGAGAACAAGAAGACCGAGAAUAUAACGAGUCUUUGCCGAAGAACAAGGUUCCUCUUGCGAAACAAGAGAUUGGCGGUGGGUACAGUGCAGAUGCCGCGAGGGAUGCAAGUCCAGGGCAAGGUCAGAGCAGAUACAAUGCGACCAGGCCCGCACCACCAGCGCCAACGGGCUCUAAGAACGGACAACCUGGAAGCCAGUUGCCAAUUCGCAACCUGCAAGCACAGAGACCGGCUCCUGCGCCUCCGGGUUCUCAGAAUGGAUCAGCUUCAUCGCAGAAGAAGCCGGGUGCGAAUGGCGCGUCUCCGCAUGCAGUCAAGCAGCCAGCACCAGGAUCAUCGAACGGACAAGCUAAGAAGGAAAACGACCAGCCUCUGACUCGCAAGCCUUCUGGCGCAGGCAACCACCAGAAGCAAGCUUCUCCUACAAACCAAGUCAAGCCUCUCAAUGUUGCAACCAAGCAGCCAACGGGAGGUCCCAAAGAUGCUGUCAAGGCGGCGGAGGCGGCGCUCACUAAGAAGGAGCCUGCUGAGAAGCCGCAGAAAGAAGUGCGGAUGAGCGCCAUGUCUGAUGCGCAAGUCAUGGAGCGACUGCGUUCGGUGGUGACCUUGUCGAAUCCUCUUGAGAGCUAUAACAAGCAGAAGAAGAUUGGACAGGGCGCUUCAGGAUCAGUCUACGUCGCGCGCAUUCGAGAGAACGCUCCAAGCAGGACUGCACAGAACCUUGUCAAGGAGUAUGGUCCACGAGCACAGGUCGCCAUUAAACAGAUGGAUCUGCGUUCUCAGCCUCGAAAGGAGCUGAUCGUCAACGAGAUCAUUGUCAUGAAGGAGAGUCGACACGACAACAUCGUCAACUUCAUGGACGCCUUCUUGCAAGAAGAUACCUUUGAGCUUUGGGUUGUCAUGGAGUUUAUGGAAGGCGGUGCCCUUACCGAUGUCAUCGACAACAAUGCAUCAAUCACGGAGGAUCAAAUCGCCACGAUUUGCUAUGAGACAUGCAAAGGCCUGAUCCAUCUCCAUGCACAAAACAUCAUUCACCGAGACAUCAAAUCAGACAACGUGUUGCUGUCCUCGCGGGGCGCAGUCAAGAUUACGGAUUUUGGCUUUUGCGCAAAGCUGACAGAACAACGUUCUAAGCGUGCGACAAUGGUCGGCACACCCUACUGGAUGGCUCCUGAAGUCGUCAAGCAGAAGGAGUACGGCUCAAAGGUCGACAUUUGGUCUCUGGGCAUCAUGGCUAUCGAGAUGAUCGAAUCCGAGCCGCCGUACUUGAACGAGGAACCCCUCAAGGCUCUUUACUUGAUCGCUACGAACGGCACACCGAGGUUGAAGAAGCCAGAGAAGCUUACCAAGGAAUUGAAAGCUUUCUUGAGCGUCUGUCUCUGUGUGGAUGUCAAGAGCCGAGCGACGGCCGAGGAACUUGGCCGACACGAGUUCCUCCAGCAUGGCUGCUCACUGCAGAGCUUGAGCGAACUGCUCAAGUUCAGGAAGGGCGGUGGACACUAG